AUGGUUGUUAGGUCGAAUAGACAGAUUCUUACGAGGGGUAAGAACUACGCUACGAAGCAAUCGAAAAAGUUCGGUGCUGAAGAAGUCACUUUCAAUGAUGAUUCAAGAUUAGAUUAUUUGACUGGUUUCCAUAAGCGUAAGGUAGAGAGGCGAAAGAAGGCACAGGAGUUCAAUAAGGAGCAAGAUAGACUGGCAAGGAUUGAGGAACGGAAAAGAGUUCGUGAUGAGAGAAAACAGCAAAUGGAGGAACAGUUACAGAAAUUCAAGGAAAGUCUAGAUAUUGAGCAAGAUGUCCUUGAUGCACAAAAUGACAACUCAGAUGCUGAAGGCACUAAAUCAGAUGAUUCCUGGUCAGGGUUCCCUGAUGAGAAAGAGACCACUGAGGAUGGUGUUAAACCAAUUUUAAAGACAAAGGAGGUUUAUUCAGAUGAAACCACUGUAGAAUUUGAAUCAUUGGAACCAAAUGAAAAUUUUGAAUACCUAGCUAAAUUAAAUAACGUGAAAUUGGAAAAGGCCCAGGCAGUUCUCUCUGAAAGUAUAACGAGAGCUAAUAAAUAUGCUAAAUUUCUUGGUAUGGAGGAUGAGAAGGAAAAUAAGAAGAAGAAGAAGGGUAAGAAAUUCAGAUAUUUGACCAAGAAUGAAAGAAAAGAAAAUCAAAAGAAAGCAUUCAAAAACAAGCAUAGAAAUAGUAAAUACAAAUAG